GCCAGUUUUUCUAUCACAGCACAAGGAAAUAAAAUUUUUGGCCAAACUAAAACCGGCUGCUCCGCUCUCUGUAUACCACUCUGUCUUUUUUUUAAUCUUUUUCUAUAUCUCGCAUAUUGCCCUCUAACUCUCUUCAUCUUUCUUUUCUCUUUUACAUUAUUGAAAAGCUAAAGGAAGGGCAGGAACAGCCUUUUUCCUGGGUGUAUAAGAGAAGUUUUCAGGUGGCAGGUGAUUGUUACAACCCAAUGGUAGUCAGUUCUUUACUGGGUAUGUUCCUUUUUUUUUAGUUCUAACACUUGAAUCUAUUGCCUGUUAGGAAUAUAUGUUUUGUGUGUCUGUUAAGAAUUCAGGAAAAGUGAAAAAAGUAGUAGCCAAUGACAUUUACCUCGACAGGGUUUUCGAGAUCUCCAAUAAUUCUUGUAGGAGCUGUUUUUAUUAUUAUUCUGAAUGGAAACUAAUGGUUUGCCUGGUGGGGUGGUUUUCUGGGAUUGGCUCAGGAGUGUUAGGCCUUGAAAUGCCAUUACACCCCCAACAACAACCACCUCAAAACCCCCAAAGUGCCCAAAACCCACAUCACUUACAUCAUCACCCACAAAUGGUUGCUUUUUCUCAUCAUGAAACUGAUCACUCGCAACACCAGCAACCUGUUAAACAAGGCUACACUUUUUCUUCCAAAACCAAACAACCAUCCCCUCUUAGUGAUGAAGAUGAACCUGGUUUUACUCCUGAUGAUGGCACUGCUGAUGCUAAGAGAAAAAUUUCUCCAUGGCAAAGAAUGAAAUGGACUGGUAGCAUGGUUAGGCUACUUAUAAUGGCAGUUUAUUAUAUUGGUGAUGAAGCUGGAUCAGAAGGGAAUGAUCCUACUGGCAAGAAAAAGGCCGGUGGAUUGUUACAAAAGAAAGGAAAGUGGAAGUCGGUUUCUAGGGCUAUGAUGGAGAAAGGGUUUUAUGUUUCACCACAACAAUGUGAGGACAAGUUCAAUGAUUUGAAUAAAAGGUAUAAGAGGGUUAAUGAUAUACUUGGUAAAGGAACAGCUUGUAGGGUGGUGGAGAAUCAAAGCUUGCUUGAUACAAUGGAUUUGUCUCCGAAAAUGAAAGAAGAAGUUAGAAAAUUGUUGAAUUCUAAGCACUUGUUUUUCAGGGAAAUGUGUGCUUAUCAUAAUAGUUGUGGCCACGGUGCAACUGCUGGGCCUGGUGGUGCUAAUCAUUCACCAGAGGUGGCCACUGAGACAUCCCAGAUUCAGCAGCAGCACUCUCAACAACAACGAUGCCUCCAUUCAUCGGAUAAUGCUCAAAUUGCAGGCAAUUGGGGUAGAAUCGAGACGGAGGCAUCGAAAUUGACUAAAGUAGGCAGUGAAGAAGAGGAUGAUGAAGAAGAUGAUGACUCUGAGGACGAUGAAGAAGCAAUGGAUGGUCACUCAAGUGGCCAAAAUGGACAUGGUCAGGAAGAUGAUGAAGAUAAUGAUGAAAAGUCUUCACUUAAAAGGCCAAGAAAGGGAGCAUUUGCAAUGUCAUUAACACCAUUGAUGCAACAAUUGAGCUGUGAAGUUGUGAAUUUAAUACAAGAUGGAACAAAGAAUGCUUGGGAGAAGAAGCAUUGGAUGAAGAUGAGACUAAUACAAUUGGAGGAGCAAGAAGUCAGCUACCAAUACCAAGCGUUCGAGCUUGAGAAGCAAAGGCUCAAGUGGGUGAAAUUCAGUAGCAAGAAAGAAAGGGAAAUGGAGAAAGCAAAGCUUGAAAAUGAAAGAAGGCGGCUCGAAAACGAGAGAAUGAUGCUACUUGUUAGGCAGAAGGAGUUGGAGUUGAUUGAUCUUCUUCAGCACCAUCAUCAGCCUCAGCAGCAUUCUUCUGACAAGAGGGGAGACCCAUCUAGCAUGACUGGAUGAAAAUGUAACAUAUGAUAGUGGUCAUAUUAGAUAGAGAUUUUAGAUCAGAUUGAUACUUUUUAUGAAAAAUUGUUUUGUUUUGUUUUUUUUUUAAUUUUGUUUAUGAAAUCUAGUUAUUUAAUAUUUGAAUUAUUUCAUUACAAUCUUGCAUCCCUCAUGAAAGAUGUUGUAUUUGUACCCAAGCCUAUGAAAAAAAUUGACCAUAUAAAUUGCCAUCAUCAGCAAUAAUGUCGAGGAGGUGCGCGGGGAAAAAAGUCUUUUGGGUCUCAUCCGAGAAAAAACUUGUGGUGAAGUGGUCUUUAGGAAUCUAACUACAAGCCUUUUAGCCUUGUCAUUUUCCAGCAACAAACGAGAAAAAAAAAUACAAAAUGCCAAUUUAGUGCGUUAAAUCCCGGAAAAUCCAGAAGGACUGACAACGAAAAUUUGGCGUCUAAAAUUCUGGAGAAUCGAGAAAUAAAUGAAUUUAAAAAAUAGAAUAGUAUAUGUUAAAUCUUGCAAAAUCAAUGAAGAGAAUUUAGAAAAAAAUAUAAAGAAUACCUCGUGCGAAUAAAAAAUUGCGUCCAAUAAAAGGCCGUGGAGAAUCUAGAAAGGAAGAAAUAGAAAUCUGGAA